GUCCGCUGGUGGGUCGGUCAGUUGGUCGGUGGGUCAGUGACCUGCAGCUCGGCCCUCAGCUCUCAUGUUCGGAGGUGGGAAGGACACGGGAGCGGCCCGCACACCUGAGCCGCCCGGAGAGGAGUCCCGCACCCAGUUCCUGAAUUGAUUAUAAUACAAACCCGAAGUGUCUCCAAAUGUUAUUGCAUUUUGUGAAGUAAAAUGCCCAACGACAGAAAGAACAGUUCCACUUUGUGUUUCCUGGCAUCAUUCUUGGGCUUCAAUACUUGAUGGUACCCUGAAAGCCAGGUCUGGUUCGACCUUGUGGAUCUUCAGGAGAUCCCUUCUUGUCUCUCAGGCACCAGUAGGAGGAGGAGGAGGACGCUGAGCAGGGAGAAGGAGUCAUGGCUUCUGAGGCCAGCCACGCGCUGGCAGCUGCCCUGGAGCAGAUGGACGGGAUCAUUGCAGGCACGAAAACGGGUGCAGAUACUGGUGACGGUACCUGCGAGCCUGGACUGGCCUCCCCGGCCUCCUACUUGAGCCCCUUACCAGUGCUCCAUCUCGUGGAGGACCUGAGGCUGGCCCUGCAGACGCUGGAGCGUCCUCAGGAGAGAGCGGCGCUCCUGAGCCAGAUCCCGGGCCCCACAGCCGCCUACAUAAAGGAGUGGUUCGAGGAGAGCUUGUCCCAGGUAAAUCACCAUGGUGCUGCUAGUAAUGAAACAUACCAGGAACGCUUGGCACGUCUAGAAGGAGACAAGGAAUCCCUCAUAUUACAGGUGAGUGUCCUCACAGACCAAGUGGAAGCCCAAGGAGAGAAGAUUCGGGACCUGGAGGUGUGUCUGGAAGGACACCAGGUGAAACUCAAUGCUGCUGAAGAGAUGCUUCAACAGGAGCUGCUAAGUCGCACAUCUCUUGAGACUCAGAAGCUCGAUCUGAUGACUGAAGUGUCUGACCUGAAACUCAAGCUGGUUGGCAUGGAGAAGGAGCAGAGAGAGCAGGAGGAGAAACAGAGAAAAGCAGAGUCGGUUCUGAAUGUGAUCAGUGAGCUGCAGGAGCAGAUGUGUAGGCUGCAGCUGGACAUCCACAGGCAGAUUCAAGAACGCCUCUUGCUCAGUAGGGACCACCCUGAGGAGGUAGCGGACGGCGACGGUGUGGCCGGGCCCCAGGCCUGCAGCCAGGACUGUGCCCGUUGGGAGGGGUCACCUGAGUUACUGCAAGAGCUCAGGCGCCUCAAAAUCAAGGUGGAAGAGUUGGAAAAUGAACGGAAUCAGUAUGAGUGGAAGCUGAAGGCCACUAAGGCUGAGGUGGCCCAGCUGCAGGAGCAGGUGGCCCUGAAAGAUGCAGAAAUUGAGCGUCUACACAGCCAGCUCUCCCGGACUGCAGCUCUCCACAGUGAUCAUGCAGAGAAAGACCAAGAAAUUCAACGUCUGAAAAUUGGGAUGGAAACUUUGCUUAUUGCCAAUGAAGAUAAGGACCGCCGGAUUGAGGAGCUCGCGGGGCUGUUAAACCAGUACCGAAGGGUGAAGGAGAUCGUGCUGGCAGCGCAAGGGCCUACAGAAAGAAAUCUCUCAAUCAAUGAAGAAGACCUGGAGGGAAGUUUCAGAAAGUGGAGCACUGCAAACAAAGGCCCCGAAGAGAUGCCUCCAAGAUGUAGCUCUCCUGUAGUGGGGCCACCUCCACUUCCACAGAAAUCACUGGAAACCAGGGCUCAGAAAAAACUCUCCUGUAGUCUAGAAGACUUGAGAAGUGAACCUGUGGAUAAGUGUGUCAACGGGAACAAACUGUCCCUGGUGGGAGAACCCAAGGACAGCACUUUCCUGGCAGAGCACAAAUACCCCACGUUACCUGGGAAGCUUCCAGGAGCCAUGCCCAAUGGAGACGCUACCAAAUCUACUCCCACCACCCCCAAGCUUGACCCCACAGGCAACAACCUGCGGAGGCUGAAUCGUGGCCGGAGUGUCAGUGCCCCCGUAUUAGGAGACACAGAAAGCGGUUGGGAUGAUACUGUUAUGGCCAACGACUUCUCAUCCACGUCAUCUGGUACUGAGUCGGGUCCCCAGUCUCCCCUGACACCAGAUGGUAAACGGAGUCCCAAAGGCAUCAAGAAAUUCUGGGGAAAAAUCCGAAGAACUCAGUCAGGAAAUUUCAACACCGACGUACCGGGGAUGGCGGAGUUUCGGCGAGGUGGGCUCCGGGCGACCGCAGGGCCAAGGCUCUCUAGGACAAGAGACCCCAAGGGUCAGAAAAGUGACCCCAAUGCCCCCUUCGCCCAGUGGCCUACGGAGCGCGUGUGCUUGUGGCUGGAGGACUUCGGCCUGGCUCAGUACGUGAUCUUUGCCAGACAGUGGGUGACUUCUGGCCACACUUUACUGACCGCUACCCCUCAGGACAUGGAAAAGGAGCUAGGAAUUAAGCACCCUCUUCACAGGAAGAAGCUGGUUUUAGCAGUAAAAGCCAUCAACACCAAGCAGGAGGAGAAGUCUGCACUCCUAGACCACAUCUGGGUGACACGUUGGCUUGAUGAUAUUGGCUUACCCCAGUACAAAGACCAGUUUCAUGAAUCCAGAGUUGAUGGACGCAUGCUGCAGUACCUGACUGUGAAUGAUCUACUCUUCUUAAAAGUCACCAGCCAACUACAUCAUCUCAGCAUCAAAUGUGCCAUUCACGUGCUGCACGUCAACAAGUUCAACCCCCACUGCCUGCACCGGCGGCCGGCUGAUGAGGGUAACCUUUCUCCUUCAGAAGUUGUGCAGUGGUCCAACCACAGGGUGAUGGAGUGGCUGCGGUCCGUGGACCUGGCGGAGUAUGCACCCAACCUUCGUGGGAGCGGCGUCCAUGGAGGUCUCAUUAUCCUGGAGCCACGCUUCACUGGGGACACCCUGGCUAUGCUUCUCAAUAUUCCCCCACAAAAGACGCUCCUCAGACGCCACCUAACUACCAAAUUCAAUGCUCUGAUUGGUCCUGAGGCUGAACAGGAGAAGCGGGAGAAAAUGACCUCACCAGCUUACACACCACUGACCACCACAGCCAAAGUCCGGCCAAGGAAACUGGGAUUCUCACAUUUUGGAAACAUAAGGAAAAAGAAGUUUGACGAAUCGACGGACUACAUCUGCCCGAUGGAGCCCAGUGACAGUGUCGGUGACAGGGUCUACAGCGGCUACCGGGGCCUCGGCCCACUCGAUGGCCCCGAAGUGGAUGGGCUGGACCAGAUGGCACCUUCGGAAGGCACAGUGACGCAGAUAGGGCUCCUCUCCCAAGACAUUCACCGCCUCACGACCAUGCUGAGCCAGGACCAGAUGCUGAACGACUCUCACCCGGCCACUCCCAACUCCGAGGACUGGAGAUGACUUCGUGGCGGAGAGCCCGAGAGGCGCGUGUGGACCCCGGGCUCUGCUGCCGGGGGGGGGGGGGGGGGGGGACCUGGCACACAGCCAGCAGAGCCAGGCUGAGGCAGGCAGGGCACCUCGGACGGACGUGGGUGCUGGCGGCACUGGGGCUGGGACAGAUGUCCAGAGGUGGCCCCAGCGCCCCACAUUUUCAACAGUGCUGUGCCCUUUGCCACAGCUUUUAUACCUUUUGUACUUUUAUACGUGGCUGUGACCACUUUUGUGUGGAGGCAGUGAGAUGUGGGUGCAGACGCAGCUGUUCCUGGUGACAGCGGGAGGCUCUUCUACCAAAGGGGCGGGGCCGAGCGUGCAUAAAGGCUCUGCUGGGAAACUGCUGAGACCACCCUCUGAGUGCGCUGUGGUGACUGAGCCGGGCCGGGGAUAACAGGGCCCCUCCCUGGGCUGCUGCCAGACAGAGGCAGUGUUCCCACUCACAGGAAUCUGGUCCCAUGAGGGAUCCAGGUAAGAAGAGGAAAGGAGCAGCGAGACUCCCUCCCAGCCCUGGCUGCCCUCACCUACCCUCAACUGCAAAGCAAGCCUGUCUCAGGUUGUGGGUGAAGCUGGGCA